AUGUAUCCAUCACUUGCUGACAGGAUCGUUGCAGCCCUCCCUGUUGAAAGAGUGAUUUUAAUAGUGCCGUCGGCUGCACUCUCGGACCUUUCGGCGCUGUCGCCUCUGUUUUACCAUAUUACCUCCAUCGACCCCAACCACAUCGCGCACGCGCUGAUCAUCCCGCGCCAGAACCCGCAGGACAACCCCCCGCCACCGCCCACGCACACCACCACCAUCCCGGCCUACUACGGCUCGCUCACCGGCAGCCCCGACCCGGGCGCCGUCGCGGGCAUCACGCUCGGCGCAGUGGCCGGCUUCGUGCUCCUGCUGUGGCUGGUGUACACGUGCAUCAACCUGGGCAACCCGGGCGCGGUGGGCGGUGGCGCGGGCGAUACCUCGACGGUGGUGACCGAGGGGUCCGGGUCCGUGUACACGCGGCGGAGGGGCCAGCGCAGUCGGAGUCGCAGGCGGUCGUCGCGGCAUCAGCAUAAAGAGACGGUGGAGGUGCGGAGGGGCGGGGUCACGGUGAGGGGGGGGCCGGUGGUGGUGGAGGAGGUGGUCAGCUCGUCGAUGGCGCCGUCCGAGUUUGAUCGCGUGGUGGUGCAGGAGGAGAGGCGGCGGCGCAGUGUGAGCCGGGCGAGGAUGGCCGGGGCCGGGCCGCCGCCGCCGAGGAGGGUUGUUUCGAGUAGCGGGGAGGAUGAUGAGGAUGAUGAGGACGAGGUCGUGGUCAUUGAGGAGCAUAGCCCGUCGCGGAGGCGCAGGAGUAGGGUGCGCAGUGUGGAGCGGCGGUCCAGUGGGUUUAGGGAGGUUGAUCCAGAUCGGUUUGCUGGAGGCGAUGCGUCGUUUAUGGAGGUGCGCCGGUCGGGGAGUCGCAGGUGA